AUGAUGAAGCGUCUGAUCCCAACGUUCAACCGCAUCCUUGUGCAGAGAGUCAUCCAGCCUGCUAAAACCGAAAGCGGAAUUCUCCUCCCGGAGAAAUCCACCAAGCUUAACUCAGGCAAGGUGAUAGCAGUCGGACCUGGUUCAAGGGAUAAGGACGGGAAAUUGAUUCCGGUUUCGGUCAAGGAAGGCGACACUGUUCUUCUUCCGGAAUACGGUGGUACUCAGGUCAAGCUCGGCGAGAACGAGUACCAUCUCUUCCGGGAUGAGGACGUUUUGGGGACUUUGCACGAGGAUUGA